UAGAAAGCCUAAUCGUGGGUGGAGAUUUUGCUUGUGUGGUGAUCUGGAUAGAUUUCUCUAGCUAGUUAGCUCAUACCUAGCUUUAGUUUCAACUACUGGCAUACAGUUCAGUUGGUGCAACAAAAAGAAGAUACUUUACGUUUUAAAGGAAACGUCUUUGUAUUCCUAACAGAAUGGAGAAACAGUUGCAUUUGAAUUUGUUAGCUUCAAGACCCCCAAUGGCAGGAGGUUUGCAGUCUGGGGCUAAAAUGAGAAUGGGACCUGGAAGAAAACGAGACUUCUCUCCCUUACCCUGGAGCCAGUAUUUUGAAACAAUGGAGGAUGUAGAAGUGGAAAAUGAAAACAGCAAAGACACAUUCAGACUCUACGGCAGUGGUGCUCACGGACCUGUCCUGCUUCUGCUCCAUGGAGGAGGCCACUCCGCCCUCUCCUGGGCCGUGUUCACGGGAGUGAUAUGUAGCAGAAUUAACUGCAGGGUUGUAGCUAUGGACCUCAGGGCACAUGGAGACACAAAAGUAAAAAACUCAGAAGACCUGUCUGCUGAAACAAUGGCAAAGGAUGUUGGAAAAGUUGUGGAAGCCCUGUAUGGUGAAAACCCACCCCCAAUCAUGAUGAUAGGGCACAGCAUGGGUGGAGCCAUAGCGGUUCACACUGCUGCAGCAAAUCACAUUCCAUCAUUGCUUGGGCUUUGUGUGAUUGAUGUUGUGGAAGGUACAGCAAUGGAUGCCUUGAACAGUAUGCAGAAUUUUUUGAGAAGUCGACCAAAAACUUUCAAAUCAGUGGAGAAUGCUAUUGAAUGGAGUGUGAAAAGUGGACAGAUCAGGAACAUAGAGUCUGCACGUGUGUCUAUGGUUGGACAAGUGAAAAAAUGUGAGGAGCCCAUGGUUAGUCCUGGUAUUUCAAAGAGCAUCAGUGAAGGGAUUAUUGAGGAAGAGGAGGAAGAUGAGGAAGGAAGCGAGUCUAACCACAAACGGAAGAAAGAAGAUGACCAGGAGGCAAAGAAGGAGAGUGUGUACACCUGGCGCAUUGAGCUGUCAAAGACAGAGAAGUAUUGGGACGGCUGGUUCAGGGGCCUGUCCUCUCUCUUUCUCAGUUGCCCUGUGCCAAAGCUGUUGCUGUUGGCUGGUAUUGACAGACUGGAUAAAGACCUUACCAUAGGACAGAUGCAGGGAAAGUUCCAGAUGCAGGUUCUCCCACAAUGUGGCCAUGCUGUUCACGAGGAUGCUCCUGAAAAAGUAGCUGAUGCUUUAGCCACCUUCAUGGUCCGGCAUAAGUUCACGCAAUUUAAGGAAGGUUUUCCCUGACAAUGUGUAGUCUCUAUUAGACUUCAUCCAGCAACUUAAUACUGCAAGACUCAUGGAAACCAUCCACUUCACCCUCCUGCGUCUCACUGGGGAUUACAAAACUACCAUUAACAUGCCAGUGUCUCUGCUGCAGUCUCUUCUUAGCAUUUCAUUCUUAAAGAAUCGUAAAUAUAUAUAUUUUUUUUGUAUGACUUUAGGUAUGAUUUAUAUUGUUGCAACGAUAAUAAGUUCUUUAGCGGGACAUGUAGAUCUACUGCCACCCAUGAACUUGCCUCUUAAUCGUUCUAAAACUAGCAGGUAUUUUAUUUAUUCCCCACCCCCAUCUUAGUGUUUUUUCUUUUGCAUCUCCUCUAAUGCCUUGCUUGUUGUUGAAGUUAGGGUGAUUGCAUUCUGUUGUGAUCUAUGUGUUGCUUGUUGUUGAUUUUCAGGAUAAAAAAAAUUAAAAAGAUGUUUGAACCCA